AUGAUGUUCUGGUCUUCAAAGACAGGUAUCACGUCAAAGUAUUCAUUUUCAUCGUCACCUACUUUCACAGCUGAACCAUGGAGCAUUUACACCGGUCGCCCCAAAUCAUCAUCUUCAUCUUCACCGUCCAAAGUAUCGAUAUUCAUGUUUGACAAAAAGCAGUUCGAAAACUAUUUGUUGCACUACGGCAUUAUUAAAUCUAAAUCUGGAUCUAGAGAUAAAGUGCUAAUACAAGAAGCUUACGAAAUAUUAAGAAAUCAGGCCAAUAACUUGGCCAAACUCAAACACCCAAAUAUUCUGACCCUAAUUGAACCAUUAGAAGAGCAUAGUAAAAAUUUCAUGUUUGUAACUGAGUUCGUCACAGGUUCACUGGAAGCGGUAUUCAGGGAAACUGAUGAUGAAGAGCAGAAUUUCUUACAAGGUCAUGUUAAGGAUAAUAUUGUGAUACAACGGGGCAUAUUGCAACUAGUAAAUGCCCUCGAUUUUAUUCAUAACCGCGCAAGCUUUGUGCACUUGAAUAUUCAACCUAGGGCAAUAUUCAUCAAUGAAAAUUCUGACUGGAAAAUUUCCGGCCUGGGCUACUUAGUGAAAAUACCUCCAGGAACGAAUACCUCUGAAUACUUCUUACCUCAAUAUGACCCCAGGGUUCCCCCAUUUAUGCAUUUGCAACUGAAUUAUACCGCCCCAGAAAUUGUUUUUGAGAACACCUUAACCUUUAAAAAUGAUUAUUUUUCAUUAGGUUUGUUGAUAUAUUUCCUGUACAGUGGUAAAGACUUGUUUCACAGCGAAAAUUCUACUACUGAGUACAAAUUGGAGUACAACAAAUUUGAAAACAAGAUUAGUACAAUGUCAUGGGACAAUAUAUUCAGUAAGGUCCCGCAAAAGCUGAGAUAUUGUAUGCCCAAGCUAAUAAACAGAGACAUAUAUUCCAGGUAUGAUAAUAUAACUUUAAUUUUAGACUCUGAGUUUUUCCAGGAUCCGUUAGUCAAGACGUUGAAUUUUUUAGACGAUUUACCUACAAAGAAUAGCGAAGAAAAAUACGUAUUCUUGGAAGGUCUCGUAAAUUUACUGCCGGAGUUUCCGCCAGCAUUAUUACAAAAGAAAUUUUUACCCAUUCUAUUGGAAUUAUUAAGUCAGUUUUGUGCUGAAAAAGUAAUAAGUGAUAAAUGCGUAAGCAAAAAUUUGGAUUUAAUAAUCAAGAUAGGGUCCACUUUAUCCCAGUUGUCCUUUCAAGAGAAGGUUUAUCCAGUUUUAUUGAGUGAAGUGAACUUUCCGAUCCUGUUGAGAAAAGCCACGGUUUGCUUGAUCGAUAAUUUAGACACAUUGAAGCAAAAAGUUAAACGUCCUGAUUUCUUGAAAAAUAUACUAAAGCCAUUAUUCAGUUAUGUUUUACAUGACUCCGAAAGUGACACUACAGUGGUUUGCCAAGAGAAGCUUUUAUCACAAAUUCCGUUAGCUUUAGAGGUACUUGAUUUCCCCACCGUGAAACAAUUCUUGUUACCCUUGCUAUCUGAUCUAUUUACAAAGACAACAAGUUUAACGGUGAAAAACACAUGCGUAACAUGCUUCCAAAUUAUGAUAGAGCACAAAUCCAUUGAUUCUUAUACUUGCUCAGAAAUCAUUUUGCCUUUGUUUAAAUCCAUGAAGACAAGAGAUCCAAGGAUUUUAUCUAAGUUACUGAAACUUUUUGAAACCGUUCCGCUGAUUAUUACUGAUGAAAUCAUCCUCGUUGACCAAGUGCUGCCUUUGAUGUGGAAUUAUUCCAUGGCCUCAACUCUAACAAAGUCACAGUAUUCAGGAUAUACACAGGCCAUUAACAAGAUGUCAUCUGACAUCCAGAGGCAUCAUAUCGCCAAAUUGAGUGAUAGAGUUAAUGAUGAUGGCGAAGAUGCCUUUCACAAAGUUAUUGAACCAACGAUCAUGAAGAAGGAGGACCCUGAGACAAUUGCGGCUAAAAAUAUUGAAGUAGCAGCCAUGCAACCGGUUAAAAAAACAACGGAGUCAUCGUAUAAGAAUAUUUCACCACAAUCCAAGAAUAUUCCAAGCUCCAGGCCCUUAAAUCCUAGGAGUAUCCUUGCAACUAGAGGCUUUCCAAUGAGGAAGCCAAACCCCUUACCAGAGACCCCAUCAAAUCGGACCGAUCCCAAAGUUAUGGUUAAACCUAGUUCUAACGGUAUCUUAAACACCAGAAAGGACGACGAAUUUAAUGAAUUUCAAUCCUUCUCAAGCACAGGAAGCGCACGUCAAAGCUCCGCAUCCGAUGCUUGGAUGAACAACACGCCCAGCCCUACUCCAACAUCUACAAGCAGUACUAAUCUGCCACCUGGGUUUUCAAUUUCUUUGCAGCCAAACAAGAAAAAGGAAGGUUCUACUGAAAUUCCCCGAAAUAAUAUAUAUGGAUCUUUAAUAUAG